CGGAAAUUCGAUAUUCUGCAUUGAUAGUGAUGAGUUUCGCCGAAAUCUGUAAUAGCACCCAAAUCCCAAAAGCCUUACUUUGGGAUGUUAAUCAAGUUGCUUCUUGGAUUGAGGACAUUGGAUAUUCUCAGUACAAGGAAUGUUUUACUGAAAAUCAGAUUGAUGGUCGCAGUCUGAUUAAUAUCCACUCUUCUACACUUCCUCAUUUAGGCGUGACUGAGUUUGCGGAUAUUAAGAAUAUAGCAUGUAAAGUUAGGGAAGUUUUGAAUCAAGAUGAAAACGAGUCGUCGCGCAAAUUGCACGUGCCUCCAAGAAAUAUAGUUGGGAUGUUUCUCGAAGCAAAAAGCUAUACUGGGAGCAAAUUAUCCGAACUCACAUUUCCCAGAUUUGUUUACAAUACUCGGAGUGCUAUUUGGCAGCCUUCACUAACAAAUAUGGGGAUGAUUUUUAAUUAUAAACAAUGAAUUCACCUCAGGUUUCUGUAGAGGUUAAAGAAAAAGUAAUUUCAGAUGAGUAAUCACGUUGAGUACUUCUACAACAACUAUUUUCAUGUGAUAUUUAUUUACCAGUAAAUAAUAAACUAUUGUUUUUAGCGGGUUGGUGAUCGAAUUGGUGAUUGUAGUAUUGUAGAAAUUUUCCCUAUUCACUUAAAAGUUGAGAAAAAAAUGAUUCAUUGC